GUUCGUCUUUCUCCCUGCUACUGCGCAUGCUCCACAUGUCUCCUUCAUUGUGCCCUGUAGACGUUCCCAAACUAAGCUAGCGGCCAGCAGCAUCACGCCGGUGACAGUCCAGACUCCACAGACUCCCCCUUCCAGACGCCUUAGCACCGCAUGAUGGCCGUCCCUCCUUCAUACGCCGACCUGGGCAAGGCUGCCAAGGACAUCUUCAGCAAAGGCUACGGCUUCGGAGUGGUGAAGCUGGACCUGAAGACCAAAUCACAAAGUGGAGUGGAGUUCAACACGUCCGGCUCCAGCAACACGGACACGGGGAAGGCCGCCGGCAGCCUGGAGACCAAAUACAAGAUGAAGGAGCUCGGCCUGAGCUUCAACCAGAAGUGGAACACGGACAACACGCUGGCCACCGAGGUCACCGUGGAGGACCAGCUGACUCAAGGACUGAAGGUGGCCUUGGAUACGUCUUUUGUACCAAACACGGGUAAGAAGAGCGGAAAGCUGAAGUCGGCCUACAAGCGCGACUUCGUGAACCUGGGCUGUGACGUUGACUUCGAGGGUCCCAUCAUCCACGCCGCUGGCGUGUUGGGCUACGAGGGCUGGCUGGCCGGCUACCAGAUGGCCUUCGACACGGCCAAGUCCAAACUGGCCCAGAACAACUUCGCCCUCGGAUACCGAGCCGGGGACUUCCAGCUGCACACCAACGUCAACGACGGCACCGAGUUCGGCGGCUCCAUCUACCAGAAGGUGAACGAGGAGCUGGAGACGGCGGUGACUCUGGCGUGGACGGCCGGCAGCAACAACACUCGCUUCGGCAUCGCCGCCAAAUACAAGCUGGACAAAGACGCCUCUCUGUCUGCCAAAGUCAACAACGCCAGUCUGAUCGGGGUCGGUUACACUCAGAGCCUUCGGCCAGGUGUGAAGGUCACGCUCUCCGCGCUGAUCGACGGGAAGAACUUCAACGCCGGCGGUCACAAAGUCGGGAUGGGCUUCGAGCUGGAGGCGUAAAGGGGAGAAGGAGAAAGAAGCCCCCCCCUCACCACCAACAACCCCCACACACACUCCACCACCAUCUUGUAGCUCCCCCCCCCAUCUCACGAGCAUUUCCUGACUGCUAGUCGAGCCUCGUCACCCGAGAGACGAGUGGAUUAUUACAGAUUUAUGGUCAUGGAAGUGACGCUAUUUAUUUCCCCGUCGUCGUCGUCGUCGUCGUCGUGUCCCGCGGUUAAAAUAAAAUAAAUGGUGUUUGUUUUGUUUUUUUUAGCACUUUUGGGGACGUCUUAUUUAAUCCAUUUAAAUGUUUCACGACUGAAAUAUAUUACAAAUAAAUAAACGUCUUAAAAUACAGUCGAUUGACCUCCUGAUCAAAAGGCUUUUCGUGGGGUUACUACGUAAGAGGGGCGUUGUCAUGACGAUCCUUUGAGUAAAAUCUAAAUGUGUUGUUUUUUUUGUGUGUUUAUCCUCCAUCUAAUUGUGUCAUGAUUAUAAGGCUAGUUUUUUUUUGUCACUUCGAAACGGUACCUAAUUUUUUUUCCAAUGUCAAUUAAGGGAAUUAAAAUAUAAAUCAUGUCUCA